AUGAGCCUCCUAAACAAGCCCAAGAGGGAGAUGAUCCUGGAGGAGCUGCAGAUGUGGGAGGAGGAGGAGUUUAACACAGGUCCCCUCUCUGUGCUCACACAGUCAGUCAAGAACAACGCCCAAGUGCUCAUCAGCUGCCACAACAACAAGAAGCUCCUGGGCCGGGUGAAGGCCUUUGACAGACACUGCAACAUGGUGCUGGAGAACAUGAAGGAGAUGUGGACUGAGGUCCCCAAGAAUGGCAAAGGCAAGAAGAAGUCCAAGCCAGUCAACAAGGACCGCUACAUCUCCAAGAUGUUCCUGCAUGGGUACUUGGUCAUGGUGGUCCUGCGGAACCCGCUUAUCACUGGCAAGUAG